AUGAAUCCGUUAACCAAGAUGAAGCUGGUGAGAGAGCUGAGUGAAAGGGAAGCUGGCAUGGUGCCACCUAAGGUGUCCUGGCACUCCAUGUACCGGGACAGCGCUUGGGUCUUCGUGGGAGGCCUUCCGUAUGCACUGACGGAAGGAGAUGUACUCUGUGUGUUCUCGCAGUACGGGGAGAUCGUUAACAUUCAUCUCGUGAGGGAUAAGAAGACAGGGAAGUCUAGGGGGUUUGGUUUUAUCUGCUAUGAAGAUCAGAGGAGUACGGUUUUGGCCGUUGACAAUUUUAAUGGAAUCAAGAUCAAGGGCAGAACUAUCCGGGUAGAUCACGUGAGCAACUACCGCCCGCCUCGGGAUUCAGAGGAGGUAGACGACGUCACCAGGGCGCUGUGGGAGAAGGGCUGCGGGCCCCAGGUCCCCUCAGCGAGUUCCUCUGGAGGCUCCAGGCACGAAGUGCAGCCCAAGCUAGAAGAAGGGAAGGGAGAAGACCCACGGGAGGACUGCUACAGGAGUUACGGAAGUGAGGGCCCGGCGAUGCCGCGACAGAGACCUGACUUCAAAAGGGAAAGACGCCCCAGGAACCAGUGA